GUGUGGGAGGGCGGGCGCGCGGCUCUGUUUUUAGUAGUACCGCACAGCGCGCGGCGAGAGUGCGCGCGCGGGGCGCGGGGCUGAGGCGAGCGGCGCCGCGGCGGGGAGCCGGGCUGGCCAUGGCUGUCUCCGCGCCGCCCGUCAUCGCCGCAACUUCCAGCGGCGGCGCGGGGGGCUCGGCGGGCUUGUUCCGGGCGGACCCGCUGUACUCCAGCCCCGCGGAGUCCCCGCGCCUCACCAACAGCCUCGUCAACAGUUUCCUCUCCGCCGGCAGCGGCGGGGCCGGCGCGGGCGGCGGCGGCGGCAACGAGUGUAAGAUGGUCGACCUGCACGGGGUGAAGGUAGCCUCGUUCCUCGUGGAGGGGCAGGAGCUGAUCUGCCUGCCGCAGGUCUUUGAUCUCUUCCUCAAGCACCUGGUGGGAGGGCUGCACACGGUCUACACCAAGCUGAAGCGGCUGGAUAUAUCGCCCGUGGUGUGCACGGUGGAGCAGGUCCGCAUCCUGCGGGGGCUGGGGGCCAUCCAGCCCGGCGUCAACCGCUGCAAACUCAUCACCAGGAAGGACUUCGAAACUUUGUACAACGACUGCACCAACGCGAGCUCACGACCAGGAAGACCCCCCAAGCGUUCGCUAGGAGUUGCAAUACAAGAAAAUGCACGUCUUCUGCCCCAUGGAGUUCCAGGCCUCUUAUCACCAGGACUUAUCUCUCCAACAGGUCUGACAGCGGCUGCCAUGGCAGAGGCUAUGAAGUUACAGAAAAUGAAGCUUAUGGCAAUGAAUAGCCUUCACGGAAGUGGAAGUCAAAAUGGAACAGAAUCAGAAAAUGAAGAACUCAAUUCUAAUGCAGGUGGGAGUGAAUCCUCCUGGGAUAAAGACAAGCUUCAGUCUCCCAUUACAACAGGAUCACAGCACAGCAUUGGUCAUCCCACACUGUCAGGGCAGUCGAGCCUUGGAAGUGCGCACCCACUCAGUCCUCUCCAGCAGAAUCACCUGCUCACCAACAGGAUAGACCUGCCGUUUAUGAUGAUGCCCCACCCUCUGCUUCCCGUCAGCCUACCUCCCGCUUCGGUUGCAAUGGCAAUGAAUCAGAUGAACCACCUCAAUACCAUAGCUAACAUGGCUGCAGCAGCCCAAAUGCACAGUCCUCUUUCCAGGGCAGGGGCCUCUGUUAUAAAGGAAAGGAUUCAAGACAGCCCUUCUCCAGCUCCGUCCCUAGAAGACAGUCAGCGGCCCGGGAGCCAUGCUUCCUCCCAUCAGAGCAGCAGCGUGUCCAGCUCACCAUCCCAGUUGGACAACACACCAGACAGAAUUGCUAUGCUGACCAACAGCAGGGAAGGAGAACUCAUUGAUCAAGAAACUGGGACCAGCCUAAAAAAAAUACAAAAGGAGAAAGAAGAGGUCCAAAUUGCCAUUCCAAUAAUGAAACCAACCUUAGAUAAAGUCCAACUGGCUGGACAGGCCUUGCCUCCUGGAUUUCCGGCGCCAUUUCUUUUUGCUGAUGGUCUGUCAUCAGUAGAAACACUAUUAACCAACAUUCAGGGCCUGCUGAAGGUGGCUGUGGACAAUGCGAGAGUCCAGGAAAAGCAGAUACAGCAGGAAAAGAAAGAGUUAAAGAUGGAGCUUUGUAGAGAGAGAGAGCUGAGAGAAAGCUUGGAAAGGCAACUCACAGCUGAGCUGCAAAGCAGAGCAACAAUUCAGAAACGCUUGAAGAAAGAAAAAAAGGCAAAGAGAAAAUUGCAGGAAGCUUUGGAAUUUGAAUCAAAGAGAAGAGAACAAGUGGAACAGGCGCUUAAACAGGCCACAUCAGGUGACGGUCUCAGGAUGUUAAAUGAUGCUGGAAUCCCAGAUAUGGAAAUAGAACACAACGGAACCCAACAUGACAGUGCAGCAAUGCAAGGUGUUCCAGAUACCUCCAUUGAACUUCCCUUGAGAAAUACAGGGAAUAGGAAGGAAAAAUUGAAACCUGUUCCGAAGUUUAAGUAGUCAGUCACUCCAUCAGCCCGCAGUACCCUCAAUGACCACCUCUUCCCUUAUUUUGAAAAAUAAGUUUUGAAAUGCAAUAAAAAUAUGAAGAAUUUGAAGAAAAAAAAAAAAAAAGUGUUACUGAUCUGUACUGAUCCCAUUUUUGAUAAAUAACUCUUCCCUUGAAUGCACGUCUCCGGAUUCCUCCCCUUCUCUUUGCAGACAGUCCGUGUCACCAAACGCAGCACCAUACAUGCGUGCACCUACGUGCUUUAUAUCUUACUUUACAAGCAUCAAACGUAUCAGAAGAUGCAGCUGAUGCCCAGUGGCUAUGUAAAUAGCGAGUAAUGUACCUAAUUUCUGCUGACUUGCAUUAGUAUUACACAGACUAAUUCAGCGAGGACCACCUGGACGGCCCGGGCUGUGUAGGUGGUUAGGCCAGGAGAUGCCGCGGUGGGUCGGGCUGCGGGGCCCGGGCCCCCACGGAGGGUCGGCGUGCGGGCGUGGGGUGCCGGGCAGGCAGGGCUCGGGCUGCUCCUGUGCAGGAGGCAGAGCUGGUGCGUUGCCGGCUGGCGAGAACGCGCUGUGGCAGGAUUCGGCCGUUUGGGCUGGCAGUGGAGGCUGUGCAUGUUCAAAGGUGGUCGUGCCAACCUGCGAGGCUGUCAGUGGUGCCCUUAGAAGGACAGCUUUCGUGUAAGCUGGAUCGCGUGCAGCCUGCCGUGGGAAGGAGUCAUGUGCAACUUCCUAAUAAUCGGGAGAAAAGGGGAAAAUACCCGACAAACAAACCCCACAGUGUUCAGUAUUUGCAUUUCUGCUUACCUCCUCCCCGGGCUUUAUUAUUUGCCCCACUAAAUUUAAGACAAUUUUAAUCAGCCAAAGGGCUGAAACUAAUUUAGCCACUUCUUUGGAGGUUCCCAUGCUCCCAAGCGUUCCUCCAGAGUUGUUAUGUCCCUGGCUCUUCCGAUCUGUAUUCUUGUUUACAUCCAAAAUACAUAUUAAAUCAUCUCUGUUUGGAGAGUCUGAGCCUCCUUAAAACCAUGAAACAUUCAAUUACUAAUUAGCUGUUUCCUGUUCCUAAUGAAGUGAACAUGUCGGAUUUGGAUUAAAAUUCAGCUACUGCUCUCCUCUGUUUAUGGUUCCAGAUGUUUUUGUUUUAUCUAGGAGGUUACUUUGACAGCUACUGCUAAAUGAUAAAUCACUCAUAUUAUAGCUGAAAUGCAUUUUGAAAUUGAAAUGUGGCAAACUUUGAGAUUGCUCCAAGGAUUAGUGUCAGUUAGCAGGUCAAUACUUGUUCUUCCCUUACGAGUGUUCGGUAUUGGCAUAUGUAAAACAGUAAUGGGAUAGAUGUCAACAUUAUACAAAAUGCUUCUCAAUAUUAUGAUUUUGCUAUCAUCUUCAAGAUCAGUACUUGCGGGUUUUGCUGGGUGGAUUCAUGAUUCAUUGUAUAAUGAACAAGAAUAUGGAUUCUUGUUAGCUUUAGUUUCCGUGGGCAUUUUAAUAUUUAUUUUUCUCUGGGCUUCAAGUUGCUUAAUGUGAAAAAUCACAGUUGAUAGGUACUAUAACUAGGAAUAUUGUUAUGAAGGAAAUAAGUGGCUUUCUGCUUGUUUCCCUAAAUAAAGAAAAAUAAUUUGAAAAGAAAUGUGGCAGUUUCUGAAUGAAAGAACAGUUUUCCAAGAACAGAUAUUGAUUUAUUCUAUUACAUUUUAUAAUGCAAUGCAAUUUUGUUUUAACACACUGUUCCCUAGAAGGUUUUUGUGCAUGUAAUGAUGUUACGUUGUAAAGCUGAUGCCGUGUUACUUGGUCUGUCUUACGGAGGCAAGCAGUGCAACACAGGCUGCCUUCUGAAAAACAAGAAGGAAAAUGAGUGCUCAAUUAAAAAGCAAAUGCCAUAAAGGCAGAACAUCCGAAUCAAAGUAUUUAUAGCCUGUACUUGGCAGAUGCUGGCUGGCAAGUGCCAGCACAAACGGGGCUGGUGGGGUUUUAGUCCCACUGGGCGCGCACACCUGCACCCUGGGCUAGGAGGUGCUCAGUGCGCCGGGAGCGGGUCACUGCGCUGCGGAACAGGCACCUCGGGGGCUCCACGGGGCGCUGGCAGCUGGUGCCCCUUCCUCCUGGGUAAAACGUGCUCACCUGACGGAUGGCUAGGUUGUGUCACGUACAGAUCCCGUAAUUUGUCUUGAGGGAAAAAAAAAAAAAAGUCCACUAACGAAUAGGGAAACCCACCUAAGUUUCAGUUAACUAUAAUGUGUGUAAUUGACCUCUUUUUUCUUCUUUCCCCCCCCCC